GUGACAGCCUGGGCCCGGCGCAGUCGUGCCCACCUCCUACCAUUGCCCGCACCUGGCAUGACAAAACCACGCCACCCGCGCAAAGACGCUCCCGCGAAGCGAGAUCAGAAGGUGCACAGUAACAUUCCCCGACACUUGCGCGUGCAAGUCCUGUGCGCGAAGCAGGUCCAGUUGCGCGGAUGCGUGCUCCCUACUCGCGGGUUGUAUGUCGAGACCAAACUGCGUGGUGUCGGUUCCAAACAUCCCGCGAUGACGACGUCCACGCGCGCUCCUGUCUUGGCCGAAGUCCUUUGGGACCAUCAAACGUAUUCGUUUGACGUGACCGAAGCUGAAAUGUACAGUCGUGUGCUCGAGUUUGCCAUCCACGAAGUGAACUGUUUCGGCCAUGACUCACACGUUGGAAGCACAACGCUCCCGUUGUCCGAGUUUGAGUCCCGUCGACUUGCUGGUGUCACGUCAAAGCGUCUCAAGCUUGAGCAGGCUCAUGUCGACUUGGAGCUGCAUGUUGCCGUGGAAGUGUGGAAUCGUCAUGACGUGGCCCAAGCAAUCAACCGUGAAUGCUGGGAACACGAGCGACUCUCGUCUUCCCUGGGAUGGAGUAAGGAGCACUUGCGUGCUUCGGACAACCGGCCAGCAUAUCGUGCAGGAGGAAAAGUGGGUAACGCUCUCGAGGAUGUCGUCCCGAUUGUUCCAGAAGGACAUGUUGAGACGCUGGGCUGGUCAGCAGGACCUUGGUAUUAUGCUUCUUCGUUCAGUGGACCUUGGCACAGUUCGAACUCCGGAUGGAAGUGUCGUCGGCGCAUGCUGUCGCAAACCUGUCGCCGCAGCGAAAUGGACACGUCCAUCGAAGUCGACAAGGCGGAAGUGGACUUGAAGAAGAAGGUUGCCGUCGUGGACCUCUCCAUCGAGGCCAUCUUGCAGAAGCAUGACAUCCAGGUUGAAGACUACUGAUCCGGUUUAAAUAGUGUGAAGGUCACAUUAAAUAGUGUCAUUCACAUACAUUCAGACCUGCCAGGUAGUACUACUUUUUUCAAUUCAAAUUUUAAACUUCUUCA